AUGGAAUCUUAUGGCCAACAAGUGAUUUUAAUCACUGGUUGCACCCAAGGAGGCAUAGGUCAUGCCUUGGCACGUGAAUUUGCUACUAGCAACUGCCUUGUUGUGGCCACGGCUAGGUCUUUGACUUCCAUGAGAGACCUUGAGCAUGAUCGCAGAUUUUACCUCCAAGAAUUGGAUGUUUUGUCAGAUGAGAGUGUGCAGCAUGUUGUGUCAAAUGUUGUUGAAAGAUAUGGUAGAGUUGAUAUUUUGGUUAACAAUGCUGGGAUUCAAUGUGUUGGCCCUCUUGCUGAGAUCCCUUUAUCUGCUAUGCAAAACACUUUCAAUACCAAUGUUUUUGGCCAUUUUAUAUAUGGGAAUUUGGAGUUCUUGUUUGGUUCCAGGUGCUGUGCAAAGAUAAUGAAUAUUCACCUCUCUCUCACUCUAUUUGUUAUGGUGCAGAUUGAUAGAGCUCAUGAUUACAAAAAUGGUUUGGCUAUUCGGUUUUUGAUUUGUACAUGGGCGGCAUAA